AUGGUGGACCAUGCUGGACAUGUGUAUUUGCCCGGUGAAUUAAUUUGCAAUUUAAAGGAAUCAGAGAAAACAUCGAAAAUUUUAGUUGGACCAGGCUUAAGACAAGAAGAAGAAUCUAUAAUUGUUACGAAAUGCGGCUUACUCCGCUUCAAAGAACCAAACUUUUAUUGGAUCGAUUCUCAUCUAAAACGGUAUGUUGCUGUUAAGGGAGAUCCAAUCAUAGGGAUAGUUACAGCUAAGGCAGGAGAUGUGUUUCGAUUGGAUAUUGGUAGCAGUGACUUGGCAACUCUGUCGUACUUGGCAUUUGAAGGAGCAACCAAAAGGAACAGACCUGACGUGAAGGUUGGUGAUAUUGUAUAUGCUAAAUGUAUGGUGGCUAAUAAAGACAUGGAACCAGAACUAGUGUGUAUAGACAGUAAUGGACGUAGUGGUGGACUUGGUGUCAUUGGUAGAGAGGGAGGAUUUAUGUUCCAAACAUCAUUAAAUUUGAUAAGAAAACUUUUAAGUUCAGACUGUGUUUUACUCAAGACACUUGGUAAUGGCAUGCAUUAUGAAGUUGCAAUAGGAAUGAAUGGUCGAGUUUGGGUCAAAGCCAAAUCUGUGUCACAUACAAUUGCUUUGUGUAAUGCUAUAAGUGCUGCAGAAUACAUGUCAAAUGAACAAAUCAAAGCUAUGUGUAAAAAACUGACUAAUGCUUUAGCAGGGUUUUGAAACAGGCUGGAGAAAUAGGAAUUGACAUCAGCAUCAUGCAUGAUAAGUUCAAUGGCCUUUGAAAAGGCCAUGGCCAAUAUAUCAGUUAGUAUAGCAAUACCGGUAUGUCUAACUGCGAUUGUACCUUUAAUGAAUUGCACAUCAGUAAAAGGAUAAAAGCAUCCUUGAUAGCAGUUUUAACAUGGGACUUGAUUUGUAAAAACAACGAUUUUUAUGUUUUACUUUUUGUUGAUGAAAACAACACCAGACAGUAUGUUAUUGUGUAUUUAUUGUUAACUAUUAAAAUUAAAUAUCA